AUUUUGUCUGCAGUUCGCGCCCCGUGUGCAUGGAGUAAACGCGGCUCUUCGUGAUAUUUGAAAUGGAAUAAUUGUUUUCUUUGUUAUUGUUUACGUGUAGAUUCGCCGUAUAGUUUAACUCAAACCAUGUAUGGUUUUGUAAAUUAUGCCUUGGAACUGCUUGUGGUGAAGACCUUUGGCAACGACACAUGGGAGGCAAUCAAGAGAGAUGCUGCUAUAAAUAUGGACGGACAAUUUCUGGUUCGUCAGAUUUAUGACGAUGAAAUUACAUAUAACCUUAUUUCUGCAGCUGUUAAUCGACUUAAUAUUCCAGCAAAUGACAUUCUCGAAUUAUUUGGACGUAUGUUUUUUGAAUUUUGUCAAGAUUCGGGUUAUGAUAAAAUACUUCAAGUGUUAGGAGCUACACCGAGAGAUUUCUUGCAGAAUUUGGAUGCACUUCAUGAUCACCUUGGAACGUUAUAUCCAGGAAUGAGAGCACCGUCUUUUAGAUGUACAGAGCGCCCAGAGGAUGGCGCUCUUGUUUUACAUUAUUACUCUGACCGUCCAGGUUUAGAGUAUAUUGUUAUUGGAAUAGUGAAAACAGUGGCAAAGAAGCUUCACAACACUGAUGUAGAUAUGGAUAUUUUGAAGACAAAAGACGAAUGUGAUCAUGUUCAAUUUCUCAUUACUGACUCUUCGGGUCCGGGGGUAUUACCAAAACCAAUUUCUGCUGAUCUCGAAACUCUAUCUUUAGAACCAAAAGUCAGUCCAGUUACAUUCUGCAGAGUGUUUCCUUUUCAUCUGAUGUUUAAUCGUAAUCUGACAAUAGUACAAACAGGCUGCACAGUCACGCGUGUUAUACCGCAGGUUGCCAGUGGUAUAUGUAAGCUGAACGAUAUCCUUUCAACCGUAAGACCACAUUUAGAGUUGACUUUUGAGAACAUAUUGUCCCACAUAAACACUGUUUAUGUUUUGCGAACAAAGAAAGGAAUUAUGAAGUUUGAAGAAUCAGAAGAGUAUUCAAGUUUACGUUUAAAAGGUCAAAUGUUGUACAUACCGGAGACUGAUUUGGUUAUCUUUCUAUGCUAUCCUAGUGUGAUGAAUCUUGAUGACUUAACAAGGAGAGGACUUUAUUUAAGCGACAUUCCACUCCAUGACGCCACUAGAGAUUUAGUUUUAAUGUCAGAACAAUUUGAAGCUGAUUAUAAGCUUACCAGAAAUUUGGAGUUGCUUACAGACAAGUUACAGCAAACCUACAGAGAACUUGAUGGAGAAAAACAAAAGACUGAUAGGUUGCUGUACUCGGUACUUCCCAUUUCCGUGGCAAACGAGUUGAGACAUUCCAGACCUAUUCCAGCUAGGAAGUAUGACUGUGUGACACUCUUAUUUUCCGGCAUCGUUGGAUUUUCUGCUUACUGCUCCGCUCAUACAGAUUCCAAUGGUGCUAUGAAAAUUGUUGAUAUGCUCAAUCGACUGUAUAUAGCCUUUGAUGUUCUUACGGAUCCAAAAAAGAAUCCAAAUGUUUAUAAGGUGGAAACAGUUGGAGACAAAUAUAUGGCUGUAAGCGGCUUACCAGAACCCUGUCGCUCCCAUGCUAGAUGUAUAGCUCGAUUAGCUCUAGAUAUGAUGGAUUUAGCAGCAGAUGAAGUACAAAUAGACGGGGAACCAGUGAAAAUUACUAUCGGAAUUCACAGCGGUGAAGUGGUCACAGGUGUAAUUGGUCAUCGAAUGCCACGAUACUGCCUCUUUGGUAAUACUGUUAAUCUGACAAGUCGCACUGAAACAACUGGAGAACCAGGAAAAAUUAAUGUCUCCGAAGAUGCUUACAGAUAUCUUUGUAUGACAGAAAAUCAAGAUCCACAGUUUUUAUUAGAAUACAGAGGACCCGUUUCUAUGAAAGGAAAAUCUGAGCCUAUGAACGUGUGGUUUUUAUCAAGGGAAAGAGAGUUGCCGUCGUAAAAUGAAAACUGAAUUACUCAAGUCGAACAUUAUUGAUUAUAAUUGUUAUUAGUUUUGCGUAUACUUUAAAUAUAAGUUCACGUUGAGAAUCACUUGAAUAUAUUGAAUGUUUUCUUAUCAUAUAAUACUUAUAGGAUAUUAUUUAUUAUAAAACAGUUGAAUAAUGAAAAUGCACAAUGACUAUAAUAAAUGCAUACUUUUAUUUAAAAAUAAAUAAAAUCUCUACAUUUAAGGUCA